UGUCUCCUCAUCUUCUGCCAAACCUCUAUUCUCGUGUUACAACAUCAUUCUGCUCGCCAACAUGGUCUCUGCGGACAAUCUGAACUUGGACUGUCUUGAGCUCAUAUUUGCCUAUCUCUACGGGAACGACCUCGUCUCUGUCUCGCUCGUCAGUCGGUCGUUUUUGGCGGGAAUCAUCCCCAGACUCUAUCGCAAUUUAGUAUUCAAGUUGAACCAAGCGAAACGAUAUCCGGUGAUUUUGUCACCAUUUGCGUCUGUGCUUCGCCACCCUAACCUGGCCACGCAUGUGCGGCAUAUCGACAUAAGGACAGUGCCCAGCAGUAGAUCUGUCAUGCAUCCAGAGUUCAUGCGGGACUGCGCUCGUGCAAUACACAUCUGCGACAAUCUGGUUUCCUUUACAUGCACGCCCAGUGUCUUGCCAUCCUUCCUCCUCGACCUCCAGGCGAAGGAUUCGCUGCAGCACAUGCGUGUCAACGCCAACUUGACGUACGAACAAGCAGAACACCUCGCCAAGGUUACAGGACUGAAGGGCAUCACUUUGGACACUGGCUCGCCUUAUGUGGUGGAUAUCUUGCCGAGAUGGAUGGCUGCGUUGAAGACAACGUUGACGAACCUGACCCUAUACUCCGUACACGAGCUGAACGACUAUAUUCUGGAGAGCGUGUUGACAGAUCUCCCACAUCUGACCGGGUUGCACGUCAUAAACUGCUCUAAGAUCGAUCACAACACGGUCCUGCGCCUUACGUCGCACACCCCAGACCUACGGAGCCUCUCCUUCACAAGUUGGGACUCUCCUCGUAGUAUGGCAGCGAGUUCCAUCAUCAACGGUAUCACCUCCCCUCUGCGCCGCCUCCGCCAUCUUACAGUGGACAGCCAUUGUUCCCUGUCACCAACCACUACGCCCGGCCUCUGGACAUCACUUAUCCAGCAAACACGCAUUUGGUCGUGUGGUCUGCGCUCCAUCACGCUGAAACUCACCGACAAGCUGCUGGUAGAAGACGGGUUCAUCGACGAGCUCUUGAACACGCACGAGACGACACUCACGCAUAUAGCUUUGCUGAAUUGUUCGUUGAGCCUCGACAGCGUCCGCAAGAUCUGCAGGCGCUGUUCGGACCUUGAGCGAUUCGCAGUGAGCAUCCCCGUGAGGGAUAUCUACUCGUUUUCCGAGGCGCUCUCACGGUCCACGAGCCUCCAUACGCUCAGCGAUGUCAGCGACGCGCAUUCUUCGCACGGAGCGCGGACCACUGUGUCCAAGCCUGACAUCCGCACCAUCAUGGAGAUCGUGCCCAACCUCCGUAGGGUCAUCACGGACGAGCGCGUGUGGACUGCCGACAAAGCAAGAAAUGGUGGCGGUUUGCGGUUAGAGCUCAAGCGAAAGACGUCCCCGCCUACGCACUGGUUCAUGCCCCCAUCGAAAUCACAUCAGUGCUAAUAAGUCAAUGCGACCUUCCCUUUGCUAUCUCCGUGGGGCGGACAGUAGCAUUUGCUUGGGCGACGUGCGGCACCCCGUAAGUAGUCACCUGUAUACAUUCAUGCAGCUGAGGCACCGUUGAAGAAAGUCCAGCUGCCCAAUUAUUUAGUUGUAUUAGAAGUUAGUUAUACGCAUAGUAUAAGCCCGUCACGCGUGUGACACAUGAUCCCGUGCAGAGUGACACUGUUGACUUUGCCUUCCGCAUUUGGCGAAUCAUUUCUGUGACUGA